AUGAUACCCGCACAUAUAAUACCUUGCCAUCCCCCCCCCAAACACGGGCGCAGCAACAAACACCUUACGCACGGUAGGUACGAGCGAGUAACUCUACUCGUACGAGUCGACUUGUACGCGCAAACCACCAAGCGCCGCGCCCAACGCACCAUUGUGGAGCCCUUACCGUGCUGUGGUACAGUGCACCGGCACUGUGCCACAUUCGAGCCCUAAUUCGACACCUGUCCCCAAGAUCCAACGGUUCCCUGGAGCAAAUACGAUAGUCUACCGUGAGAACGUCGGAGUUGCCUCUCCUGGCUAACAUCUUCUCUACUUUUCACUCGUCUCAAACUGGAGAUCUUUUUUUUCUUUUUUCUUCUUCUUCCCCCUUCCUUUAAUUUAAUCCGAAGGCGGAAAAUUCUGAAGAAAGAGUUCCUACAAGUAGCGUGAUUCCCCCUCUCCCCGCAAGGCGCAUACCAUACCCAAAAGUUUAUUUUUAUGCAGAACUUUUUUUCUCUUUCUUUUUCAUUGGUGGUACAGUACUCGUACUGUACACGAGUUUGAGGAUAUGAUAGUCUCGCUAAUUCCCGGGCCGGGAAAAAGUUAACGGGCGCCGGGCACCGAGAAGGAUACCCUACUUGUAAUGCAACGGAGGGGGCGCCGAUUGCGUGGUUGGCAUUCUUUUCUUUUUUUAAUCUCUCGUCAUGAGUAAAUGAUUAAUCCAUCCUUGGAGAAUACAAGUAAGGUAUUAGGGUGUGGUAAAGGAGCUUUGCCCAAGACCGGGUUUGGUCGUGAUACCUGUACUGUACUGUACUCGAGUACGGUACGGUACUAUAUAUCUUUUUAUCAGCCUCAGAGUUCCUUCUUCUCUUACUGCUUACUGGUGAGUUUGGAUCAGGUAGGGUAACACGGCGGGUACUGUACUGUACUCGUACACCUUCCUGAAUCUCUACCCCCAUCAAUUGUGAUGAAUCGACAAAAAAAAGUCCUUCGUUACAGCUACCACUUUAAAUCGUUAUUAAAUAUUAUUUUGCGCAUUUACACUCACAAGAUCCGGUGUGAGUGAGUGAUCUCUAGUGUGUGCUUGUAGAAUGGAACACUUUUUUUGGGGUGGGAUUUGUGAGAUUUUGUGGCAUGGCCAGGUUUUGUGCGCGAAGCACCGCUACAGUAUGUGAGAUUCAACCUCGGGAUAUCGAUAGGUAUAUUCGCCUGCCGUAACUUGAACCUUGUGUGGGAAGAGGAGGAAAUUUUUUUUUUUUUUUUGCACCUGCAAAGGUGCGUAUGAUAUGAAAAAAAGCCAGCAAGCAAGCGAGUUGUACUGUACGGUGCGCCUGGAAGGGA